AUGAAAGCUCGACGAACAAAAGUUGAAGCGAAAUCUAUUACAAUAACUGCUGAAAGAUUAUCUGACAAUUCUCAUAUAACAUUUAAUAUAUCAUCCGAUAAAACUAUUGAACAAUUACGUGCUUUACUCAAUCAUCAUUUACCACCCUUAUUACCUAAUAAAUUUGAUCUAUAUUCGUGUCAACGUGGUGCGCUUAUACAUUUUCAUCCAUCAUCAUUUAAACUCGAUUAUUUUCCUGUUAUAUUCGAUCAAUCUGUACUUUUAUUAAAAAUGGACGAUCGUCUUAUUAAUGAUACCGAUAUAAAUACUUAUCAAUAUAAUCAAAAUAAAUUACAACAAAAUACGAAAAAAAACAAAUAUGAUUUAUUAAAAAGUAUUUUACCAUCAAAAACGACGAAUACUAUAAUGAAUUCUACAGAACAAUCUACAUCAUCAACGACUGUCACAUGUUUAUCGUUUUUAAAACAAAUAUUCCACCAAUCUCCAUCAAAUAAUAUAAAUACAAUUAGUGAAAUAAAUAUAGUAACUUAUUAA